AUGAUCCCUAGUACAGCUAUAGAUUUGAAGGUUGAAGAUUUGGAGGGUAGCGUGGAGGCUUCUCCUAUCGCUUUGCGUCGCCCGGGCGUCACCAACGACGCCACCAACGAGCCCGACCAGACACCGACGGAGAGCGCUUCGGACGGCCCGCCGCCUCGGCCGGCCAUCGACGCCGCUCCGACGAUGCCGACGCAACCAGACGCUGACCCUGACCUCGGCAACACGAUGGAGAUCGAGUCGCGCAUCGUUCCUACAGUGGCCUUCCUGCCAGAGCGACGCGACUCCCUUCCGUCGUCGGACACGGAGGAUUUGGUCCGCGGCGGGUUCCAGCCGCGCCUUCCGACUUCGCUGCCGCCCCCAGGGCAGCAGCAGCAGCCGUCGCCGCUACCACGCCGACAGCCCGUCCCGUUGAUGCCUCCCGCGCAGCUUCAUCCGGGAGCGCCCCAGGUGGUCGCUCCGGCGCCUGCGGUCCCUCUUCCGUCGCCACCGCCUUCGGAGCUGAUGGACGUCGACCCCUCAGCCGGGCCGCCUUCCCAAGCGCUCGCGCGGAAGGGCCUGCGGUCCUGUAUAAAUACUCGCCUCUCGCCCUCUACCAUCGCCAGUUCCCGCUUUCCUUUCACACAGGUAGCUGUAGCUGAUCCCAGGGUUAUUAUCAUCAUGAAGAUGCAGUCCGUCUUUGCUUUCGUCCUUGUGGGGCUGUGGUGCUCAGCUAUAGCAGCCGAGGACGCGGGACAGCUCGCCAACGUGGAGGCGGAUCCGGCGGUGGCUUCUUCCGAGGCGGAGGCGGCGGAGUCGAGCUACGGGCACGGCCACGGCCACGGCCACGGGCACAGCGUGGGGGCGGGCCUGGUGAGCAUCGCGCAGGGCGCCGUGGACGCCGCCCACGCCGCAGUAGCCGGGCAGCCGGCCGCGGGCGGCCAGGCCGCCUUCCAGGCCAAGAACGCCCUCGCGCAGAACGCCGCCGCCGCGGCAGCCACGGCGCAGGCCGCGCUCGCCGGCAAGCAGCUGAUCGUGGCUAACCUGGAGCAGGCACAGCGGGACGCUCUGGUGCAGGUGGAGUCUGAGCUGCUGCAGCUGGCGCAGGCGCAGCGAGCUGCCACGACGGCGGCCGAGUCCGUGGAGGCGACGCAGAACCAGGUGCGCGCAGUAACAGCGGCGGUGAACGCUGCGCAGGUGGCGGCCGACCAGGCGGCGCGCGCAGCGCAGGAGGCGCAGGCCGAGCUGGCGUCGCAGAGCGGCAUGGUGGCGGCGGCGCGCACGCGCUUCGGCCAGGCGCAGGCGCAGCUGGAGGACGCGCGCGCAGACCUGGCCGCCACGCAGCAUGCCGCGCAGCAGGCCGCAGCAGCUGCUCAGGCCGCGCAGGCCAAUGCACACAAGCACGACCACCACUGACCUCGCCGUUUCUUUGCUGAGUUUGAUACUCCGGUUCCAUUCUCAGCAGCGUAACAAGUAACAUCUAUCCUCUCCUCUCCUCCAUCGGUAUGGAUAAUGUGGGGUUCUGCACAUAAUUUGUCUGAUUACUAGUAAUUAGUACUAUUACAUUACAAGAUUGUAACAAUGUUCCCUCAGACUCUUUUCUUGUUUGUCAACAAAUAUCUACCAACUAUACUGAAGAAGAAUAACACACUCAAUGAGACUCAAAGACCAUAAGAGAGGUAUUGCAAGGAGAUUUUCCUGUACUUGUUACUUCAAUAUUAUAAUAAACAGGAACUAGCUGCUGUGAAAUUUCAGAGAGCUAUUUCUAUGUGUAUUAAGGCUGAAAUAUCAAAAGAAUGGAUGCUUUUGUAGUAAUGCAUUUUGUACUUUUGCAAA